AUGACGCAUAUGGAUUUGGAGAGAGAGGAAUGCUCUGAUUUCCUGAAGAAGGCGUAUGAAAUGGUGGAUGAUCCUUCAACGGAUUCAAUAGUAUCUUGGUCUCCCAACGGCAUGGCUUUCAUUGUUUGGCUUCCGGAGGAAUGUAUGAGAGACAUUCUUCCCAAAUACUUGCAAGUCACAACCUUCAGCAGAUUUGAGUAUUAUGGGUUUCGUAGACUCGUGGCUGGAAAAGAAGAAUGGGUAUUUGAUUGCGAUGGUUUUGUGAGGGGCAAGCCUGAGCUUUUGGACAAGAUUUGUGAACGCCAUCUGGCACGGUUGCAAGCAUCCCUUGAUAAGGAGUAUAAGCCAUUAGAAGAUCGACUCAAAAAUUGCAAGACCAAAGAAGAGGUUGAAUUAGCCCGCAAAGAACAUAGGGAGAGGCUUAAUAAUGAGAGAAUGGAGCAGCUGGAGGCAUUUAAAAUGUCAAUGGCUGCAGCACAGAAAAAGGCAGCAGCACUAGCACUUGAGGAUCAACGUACUCCUCAAACCUCACGCACCUCACCAAAGAUAUGUACAGAGGAGACAAUGCAACAUGCACGUCUAUGUAACACCAAUCAAUUCUGUAACGGUAAAGGGAAAUCAGCUCACUCACCUCAACAGAUAUGA